CAUGUAUAGAAGGAUUUUUCUUUAGAAUUCGCCUAAAAACAAAGUCAGGUGAAGGAGAAGGAAAAUCGAAAAUGCCAAAAGGUAAAGAAAGCCACCGCGGAGCUCGAGUUUUCCUUAAAAGAUCAAAGCCAUAUACGGCCACCGAUGGCGGUUAUCAUGAUUAUUUCCGCAAGGCUGUGGAUGAUUGCAUCAACAGUAGUAGUUCUACUGAUGCUGUUGCUGCUACCCACUCUGACCACUCCAUGAUGAGUCUUAACACCAACAAUAGCGAUGAGAAAAUUGAUGGGAUCGUUGACUUGAAGUCAAUGGGUCUACAAGCAGCUGAGGAACUAUCCAAGAGACCCAAAAAUGGUCAAAUCUAUGCAUCGGUAAAAGCAGAUUUUGAAAGCAUAAACGCACGCUUGAAGAAUCUGUCCUUGUCUCUUGGAGAACCCAGUUCCAUCGAUGAGGGAAUUGAGAUAGCUGAUGCUGCUUCAUUGUUAAAGCUUUUGGACAAGUCAAACCGUGAGAUUGACAUGGCUGGGGAAAUGGCUCAAAAGGGUGUCCUUUUGAUGGUUCAUGCACAAAUCAUGCUUAAGAAAGGAGGGAUUUAUCAUCAACAUUGCUUUAGUGAAGCUUGCUAGGAGGGUUUGGCAUGCCACACGGAUCUUAUGCUCUUGUAUUACUAUUUCUACUAAGUUUUUUUUUUCUUUUUCACUAUUAUGAUGAGGUAUCAUUAAAAAUUUUAUCUUGAGAUGUCUCUCAAUUAUUGGAUACGUAGGAGUUUUAAAGAUAACUUUUAUGAGAAAGAUAAUUUUUCUC